AAAUGUUGAGCACCUAUGUGCAAGGCAAUGGUGUAAAUGCAGACUCGCCCAUUAGAACCUAUUACGUUAAAAAUACACAUUCACCCAUGGAUCAAUGUGAUAAAAACAUGUUUUUAGAGAAACGUGACACGAAAACAAAAAUAAAAAUCCAUUACGGCUCUUAUUUUGACACUAUGACUAAAAAAUUGUUAAAUCACUGUGUUGAGCAAACUCUUAAAACAAAGUCUAGAUUUCGACCUCGAUCAUCUUCUGCUCCCGCCGCUUCAAAAUUACAACAGUUUAAACCAGUGAAAUCAUUUUUAUAUUUCUCUGAACCUUUCCAUCCUGGUACCUCGGACUUAUCGGUCUCUAAAUCGUCAUUAUUAAAAAAUCUACCUUUACCAGCAAGUUUAUCUACAAAUAAUUUAAAAUCAAGAUCUUUGUCGAGAGAAAUAUCAGUUUCACAGUAUGAUUUACCAUCGAAAUUUACAUCUCCAUCAGUAUCACGAUCUUCUUCCAAGUCCAGUUCAAGAUCGCCGUUGAUAUCAAGAUCAAAAUCGAAAUCGAGAUCAAGGUCUAAAUCAAAAAACAGAUUUGAUACAAGAUCUAUAUCAAGAUCACGGUCGAAAUCACGGUCGAAAUCACGAUCGGCAUCUAGAUCACCAUCGCAGUCUCGGUCAUUAUCAAGAUCAAGAUCGAAAUCAAAAUCAAGAUCUAGGUCGCCACAUGGAUCUACAUCUAUGUCUAAGUAUACAUCAAGAUCCAGAUCGCGAUCACGAUCUAUUGCUAGUACGAGCCACAAAUCGAAAUCAGAGUCAAGUUUUCGAUCAACUUCGAGAUCUAAAUCACGGUCAAGGUCACAAUCUUCGUGUAAAUCAAGAUCUCGAUCAACUUCGGAAAAUCGUUUUGCUGAAGCAAAAACUAGUCAAAUUUCAGAAACAUGUUUUAGGCAUGACUCUCACUCAGACUCAGAUAUUGAGGAGUCAAAAAAUAAUACUACUAGUUUCUUAGAAUCUGACAGUGACGGGGAUGAAAAAAAUAAAGAACUACCGUUCAAUACAACUUUAGAUGUAGUAUGUAAAAAGAAAAGCAACCAAACUGCUGACGAAAAAGAUUUAGAUGUUGAUUCGGACACAGAAAGUAAUAUAGUAUUGAGUGGAUUUGAUGACUCAUUAUCAGACUUUGAUCGAAUGCUUGCUCGGAAAAAAGAAGAACGAUCUCGUCGGCGUAAAAGAAAGGAUAUUGAUAUAAUAAACGAUAAUGAUGAUAUUAUAGCUAGACUACUAUCUGACAUGAAAAGUGCAUAUGAAGAAGACAGAAAUUUAAAUGAACUCAACAAACCAGCAAAAAAUAAAAUAGCUAUGUUACCAAAAGUCUUAUCGCAAUUGAAAAAACACGAUUUACAGCUUGCUUUUUUAGAACACAACGUUCUCUCAGUCCUUACAGAUUGGCUUUCACCAUUGCCUGACCGAUCCUUAACAUCAUUAAAAAUACGAGAAUCUAUUCUUAAAUUAUUGUAUGAGUUUCCACGAGUUGACCAAUCUUCUCUAAAACAGUCAGGAAUCGGAAAAGCUGUCAUGUAUCUUUAUAAACAUCCAAAAGAAACAAAAGAAAAUAAAGAAAGAGCAGGAAAGUUGAUCAAUGAGUGGGCAAGACCAAUUUUUAAUCUUUCUACCGAUUUUAAGGCUUUGUCGAAAGAAGAAAGGAUGCAACGUGAUAUGGAACAAACACCUAUAAAAAAAAGAAAAACUGACGAUGAAAUAUCUUUUCAAAAAUCACAGGAUAUAAAUAGAGCGCUUAAAGGAGAAUCCAAACCUCUGCGACCUGGUGAUCCUGGAUGGGUAGCACGAGCCAGAGUUCCACUGCCUUCAAACAAGGACUAUGUGGUUCGACCAGAGUGGAAAAGUGACACCGAUAUAAGUAGAGUAUCCAAGAAGCAAAUGAACCGAUUCGAACGACAUAUGAAAAAUUUUUUAGACAGCAAGAGAAUGAGAUCAGCACGCAGAGCAGUAGAUAUAUCUAUUGAAGGGCGUAAAAUGUCGCUAUAAUUUAAGCCUACUGAUUCAACAUCAACUACAAGCAAAUUGGAAGACUGUAGUAUACGUUUUACAACAAAUCAAAUUUAGGUUUUGACAAAGACAUAAAAAUAUCUAAAUAUAUCUUCGGUAAUGAAACGUAACAAUAAUGGUACUACAUUAUCUUCUAUUGUACGUUAGUGAUUAAAUUUUUUACCCUCUCGUAUUAUUUAUAUCACUGAUUUUUGUUGUCCUCAUUAUAGUGCAACUUUUUUUUAGUUUUACACCAAUUAAAAAUUGAUUUUUUCAGCUAAAGCAAUGUUUUUAUUAGCUUUCUUUCUAUUAAAAAAAAAGGAGUGCAAAAACAAGCCUUUUGACACUUUUCAUUUUUACUUGAUUUCUUGUUAAAUUAAAUAAUACUGUUCAUCAGCUCUGAAAUCUUAUUCGCUUACACCAAAAACAGUAUUCAUACACAUGCACGUAGUUAUUUAAAUUUCUUUAAACUUGUGUAUCUGCUCUUACAUUCUUUAAAUUAAAUAGUUUUUCGAGGAUAACUCAAUUAAUCUGUUAUACUAGCUCAAUUGAAUAUAUUUUGUACAAUAUUUUUUUUAAUAAGUAUUUUUAAAGAUCGUUAUUUGUAUCCAAUACUGCUAUGACAUUUUUUUGCUGCAAUAAAUUGCCUCUAGAUUUA